UGCAAAAGCGAUGGCCAAACUGUUCUCAUCAAGAAUUUUUGCCGGUUUCUUUCUUGUUCCUAAUUGUCCUGCGAAUAGUGGUCCCGAAACUACCACACAUUUAUCAGGCCAGAAACUGGUGCGGAGAUGGCUGAAGAAGUGAGCCGUGGACCAGCCGCCAUAUCCGCAACAAAGCCGAUUGGAUUUUGCCGGGCCUCUCCCUUAUUGCCAUACACCUUUACCCAGGGUCUUUGAAAACAGCAUGUCAAUAUAUCAUGCCAUCCUUUUACUGUUCUGCGUGCGCUGCGGAUGACCUAAGUGACCAGAGAAGAAUGUUUUCUCAACCUGAUACACUGAGGCCGGGCCUCGCCUGCGAUUUAUCUCAGAAAGCGAGUUCAGAGCAUGCUGAAUAUCCCCCGCUACCCAAGGAUCUACCGGACCAUGAACUGCCUUAUAUUCUGCCAGCGGAAGUGGCGCGAAGGGAUGGAAAGAAAGAUCCUGCUUUGUGGCUUGUCAUAGACGAGAUUGUCUAUGAUUGUACCAGUUUCGUGGACAGGCAUCCUGGUGGUGACGCCGUCAUAAAGAAUUUCGCUGGCAAGGACUGCUCAUGGCAAUUCCACAAGAUUCACAACCUGCAAAAGAUACAAAACUGGCUUCCUUAUUUGCGUGUGGGUAGGACGAAGGGUGUACGGAACCCAUACCCAGAGCCCAAAGCUGGUUUCAGAAAGGGUUUCUGACAAUAACCCGUUCAUUCCUAUGAGAUCUCGUUGACGUCAAGAGCAAAGGCGCCGUUUAUGGAGGUGGAACACGGGACACUCAGCACAGCGCCAACCUGCAACCAAGCAUGUCGAAACAUGCUUGGGUGAACUGCCCUGGUUCUAGUCGUUCGAGGUGAUCCCAUAGGUGGGCUGCCUAGAACCUGUCCUGUUCGAGGUCACUGCCAAAUGGGCUAUUGUGGUCAACUAAGUAGACGCCUGUGUGGUAUCGACUUUGAGAGAGCUUCAGAGAGUCGGCUCCCUGGAUUGUCAUUGCAGCAAUGCUUGGGCGAGGGCCGUAGAGGUGAUGCCGGGUAUGGCGAGUUGGCCUGGCAGCCCCUAGGACACAGGAAUUAGGCUAGGGCUUGGUGCGAAAAAUGAUAGUGGGUUAUCACCAACACUUCUCUCCUUUCUAUCUUCC